AUGACGAAUCGAGUGCAGGAGGAGACAGGAAAGUUGAAAGAGGAGGCCUCGUGCUUGAGCGAGCGACUCGCAGGAGAGACGAAGGAGAGGAAGCGUCUGCACAACCUGGUGCUGGACCUCAAAGGAAAUAUCCGCGUCUUCUGCCGAGCUCGACCAGCUAGGUCUAGCUCUCUUGCUCCUCCCAUAGUCUCCUACCCCGCUCCAAACGAGCUUCUGGUUGAAGCAGGAGGAAAGUCGCAGACGUUCAGUUACGAUGCAACCUUCGGGCCUCAAGCUCAGCAAGAUGAGAUCUUUCGGGAGGCGCAACCGCUUGUGGUCUCUGUACUCGAUGGCUAUCACGUCUGCAUCCUCGCAUACGGUCAGACGGGCUCUGGGAAGACACACACGAUGCAAGGCACUGCCUCCUCCCCCGGCGUCAACACUAGAGCACUGGGCGAACUAUUUGCGCUGGCUGCCGAGCGAGCAAAGGAGCAUGACUUCAAGAUCAAGAUCAGCCUCCUGGAGAUCUAUAACGAGACCAUCCGCGAUUUGCUCGAGCCCCUCGACGAAAAGGGGGAGGAAAAGAAGCUCGAUGUAAAACUUGGACAAGACGGAGGAACUUGCGUGCCCGGCGUCUUGACGAGCGAGGUGGAGAGCAUGGAAGAAGUGAUGCAGGCGCUGCAACGAGGAGAGCAGAACAGAAGCGUCGCAGGGACUGACAUGAACGAGCACUCGUCUCGCAGCCACAUGGUGUUGACCGUCUACACGCAGGGAACGAGCAAGGCGACCGGGACCCGCAGCUUCGGCAAACUUCACCUGAUCGACCUGGCGGGUUCAGAGAGGCUGCGCCGAACAUGCGCAGAGGGCGAGCGACUGAAAGAAGCGCAAAACAUUAACAAGUCGUUGAGCGCGCUGGGCGACUGCAUGCAGAGUCUAGUGGCGAAGUCGAAGCACGUGCCGUACAGGAACUCAAAGUUGACCUUCCUGCUGCAAGACUCUCUCGGAGGCGACGCCAAGGCUCUCAUGUUUGUCUGCAUCAGCUCUGAGGAGGCUGACGCUGGUGAGACCCUCUGCUCGCUCAACUUCGCGUCUCGCGUUAGGAACGUCGUGCUGGGACCUGCCAAGGUGAGUGGAGGGGAGCAAGGUGAGCAUUGA